AUGAAUACAUUUGUCAUGGAUUCUGAAUUUCAUACUAUACCGCAAAGAGAUUUGGGUUCUUCGUCAUCUAAUGAAUUGGCAUAUGUGCCUCAAGUAGUGUUUGAAAAAAUUCCUAAAAUUGGACAAGUGUUUGAGUCAUUAGACGAAUCCCAAAAAUAUUACAAUGAAUAUGCUAGGUUGGCUGGUUUUAGUGUUAGAAAUUAUUCUAGUAAGAGAAACAAAUGCAAUGAAAUUAUAAGAAAAGAAUUUGUUUGUUUCAAAGAAGGGAUUCGGCAUGAAGAAAGAUCCAAAGCCAAUUGUAGUAGGAAACGUGGGUUAACACGAGAAGGUUGUAAGGCAAAGAUGACUGUUGUGAAGAAAGGUGCAUGUGUUUUUGUUGUUUCGCAAUUUAAUGAGAUCCAUAAUCAUAUCCUUACAACACCAAGAAAGGUGCAUAUGUUAAGGUCUCAUCGUUCUAUGUCAAAUGCCAAAAAGGCAUUGAAACAACAAUUUGUUGAUGCAGAUUUUCCCAUACAUAAACAAAUAAGUAUUUUUGAGAUACAAUCAGGAGGUAUAGAAAAUAUAGGCUGCAUUGAGAAAGAUUUUAACAAUGCUCAAAGAGAUGAGGUAAAGUUUUAUGCUGGACAUGAUGCUCAGAUGUUGUUUGAAAGAGCAUAUAAUGCAUUUGGUGAUGUACUGGUUUUUGAUACAAAUUAUAGCACUAACCGUUACGGGUUGAUAUUUGCACCAUUUGUGGGAGUGAAUCAUCAUGGUCAGGGUACACUCUUAGCAUGUGCCUUCUUAAGUGAUGAAACAACAGAAUCAUUCUUAUGGCUCUUGCACCAGUUAUUGACAGCCAUGUCAGCAGGUGCUCCAAAAAUGAUUAUCACUGAUUAG